GCGGGCUGGGCCUACCCCCUGGUGGCCACGCUCCCUCCGCACCCGGCCUCUCUCUGUGGCAUGGGGGCGGCCGUGCCCCUUGGUGGAGAUGAAUGGGAGUGGAGCUGGGCUGGCUGGGCAGGCAGGGGCUUGCCUCUUGCUGACUAAGGCAGCCCUGGAGGGGCCCGACCAUGGGGCAGGAACCCAGUUGCCAUCCUCAGAGCGAGGAUCAUUGGCCGGGCUCGGGGAUCAGGGCCUCUGUGGUCCCGGCACGCCUGGCCCGUGAGACUGUACUCUGCACGACUCCUCCAGGUGGCCAGGGUCACCGGAACUGGCUCGCUCUCCUCUGCCAGUUGCCGGAGGUCUGGGCACCAGGCCAAUUCUCACCUUCCCGCCAGGGUUAAACAUUAGUGGGAGGUUAUCAGCGUGGGCCAGGGGAGGGAGAGGGGGGAAUUCAACUCUGUCUCCUCUGCUGGAGCCGCCAGUUCCCGCAAGCCCAGACAAUGCCGGUGGAGGAAUUUGUGGCUGGCUGGAUCUCUGGCGCUCUGGGCUUGGUCCUGGGACACCCGUUUGACACUGUAAAGGUGAGGCUGCAGACCCAGACCACCUACCGGGGCAUCGUUGAUUGCAUGGUCAAGAUUUACCGCCAUGAGUCCCUCCUGGGCUUCUUCAAGGGAAUGAGCUUCCCCAUUGCCAGCAUAGCUGUGGUCAACUCUGUCCUGUUUGGGGUCUAUAGCAACACCCUGCUGGUGCUCACGGCCACCUCCCACCAGGAGCGGCGGGCCCAGCCGCCCAGCUACACGCACAUCUUCCUAGCGGGCUGCACCGGGGGGUUCCUGCAGGCCUACUGUCUGGCUCCUUUUGACCUCAUCAAAGUCCGGCUACAAAACCAGACAGAGCCAAGGGCCCAGCCAGGGAGCCCCCCACCCCGGUACCAGGGGCCCGUGCACUGUGCAGCCUCCAUCUUCCGGGAGGAGGGGCCCCGGGGGCUGUUCCGAGGAGCCUGGGCCCUGACGCUGAGGGACACCCCCACGGUGGGGAUCUACUUCAUCACCUAUGAAGGGCUCUGUCGCCAGUACACACCAGAAGGCCAGAAUCCCAGCUCAGCCACGGUGCUGGUGGCAGGAGGCUUUGCAGGCAUUGCUUCCUGGGUGGCAGCCACGCCCUUAGACGUGAUCAAGUCCCGGAUGCAGAUGGAUGGACUGAGACGCAGAGUGUACCAGGGGAUGCUGGACUGCAUGUAGAGACGGGGUUUUGCCAUGUUGGCCAGCCUGGUCUGGAACUCCUGACCUCAAGUGAUCCACCCGCCUCAGCCUCCCAAAGUGCUGAGAUUAACAGGCGUGAGCCACCACCCCCAGCUUCCCUCUGUGAUCCCUUCUGAUCGGACCAUCUCUGAGCCCAUCCAGCACCACCGCAGCGCCAGGGAUUCCAGGCUGGACAUUGCAGCGAUGGUACAGCAGGUGUCAGAACACCACUGGGCAGCCCGUGGCUGGAAGGAAGCAAACAGGACGCAUGAGGAGGAGGAGGUGGGCUCCUAUAAACAGUGCAGGAAGUAGGCAGGAGGGCAGGUCAGAGUGGUCCUCUGUUGUUUGCUAUUUCUCAUCAAAUUACCAGUUAGCGGGAAUUCCCAUUUGGGUGCCCCUCUGUCUGAGAGAGAGCUGUUCUCCUUUUCCCUUUGCCUAUUAAACCUCUGCUCCUAAACUCAAAACAGCAACAACAAAACAGUUAGCAAGGGAGUAAAAUGAAAAAAAUCUAUUUUUUUUGGCUUUAGUUAAAUGGGCUCCCAUUCUCCCUCUCUGGUUCUAUCUAGAGGAGUCUCCUAAAGAGCCUGGAGUGCCCGUCCUCUAAACUCCACCUUUACAGCCAGAGAGAGUGGCCAGACUCAGGUGGGACCAGGGAGUUCCAGGCCCAAGUUCCUUCCACCAAUCCGUGGCAAAGGCUACCCACUGGGCUGGGAGAACAGUCCUGGAGUGAGUUUAGGGUUUAGUAUGGUGUGAUUAGUGAGCAAAUAACUCACUCCUGCACAGCGGCCCCAGGAGGAGAUGCCACUAUUGGAGGGGAGGGCAGAAAGACAAAGAUGGGGCAGGAAGGGGCCAGAGAGAUUCUAAAAAUCUAGAUGUUGGCUAGGCAUGGUGGCUCUCAUCUGUAAUCCUAGCACUUUGGGAUGCCAAGGUGGGCAGAUCACCUGAAGUCAGGAGUUCGAGACCAGCCUGGCCAAUAUGGUGAAACCCCAUCUCUACUAAAAACACAAAAAUUAGCCAGGCGUGGUGGCACAUGCCUGUAAUCCCAACUACUAAGGAGGCUGAGGCAGGAGAAUCUCUUGAACCCGGGUGGUGGAGGUUGAAGUGAGCUGAGAUUGCCCCACUGCACUCCAGACCAGGUGACAGAGAGAGACUCCAUCUCAAAAAACACAAAAUUUAGCCGGGCUUGGUGGCUCAUGCCUGUAAUCUCAGCACUUUGGGAGGCCAAGGUGGGCAGAUCACGAGGUCAGGAGAUCGAGACCAUCCUGGCUAACACAGUGAAACGCCGUCUCUACUAAAAAUACAAAAAAUUAGCCGGGCAUGGUGGCACGCACCUGUAGUCACAGUUACUUGGGAGGCUGAGGCAGGAGAAUCACCCGAACCAGAGAGGCGGAGGUUGCAGUGAGCCAAAAUCGCGCCAUUGCACUCCAGGCUGGAUGACAGAGCGAGAUUUCGUCUCAAAAAAAAGAAAACAAAACUAGAUGUUUUUAAUCAGCAGGGUCUCAUAAGGCAUGCGAAAUUGCUUAAGGAUUUAACAGAUGGUAUCUCAGGUUGCUGUUAUUUUUGAGAACUCUUUUCGACAGAAGAAAUCCCUAAGAACCAGGAGAUAGUCUGUGAACCUGCUUUGAGGUUACAAAGGAGAUGGUGUCUGUCAGUCACUUGCAAAGAGCUGAUAACUUGAGCAAACAUGUUAAAUAAAGUCCCAUUGGACUCCUGUU